CACAACUGUCAGGGAGCAGCGAGAUCGCCCGGUUGCCGCAGCCUGCCUGGUUCUUCCAAGGCACGCAUCAUGAUCACCCUGCAGCUGCAGCCCGUCCUUGCAGUGACGUUAUGCGCGCUGCACGUCGCAGCCGGGGGUCGAUCGGAGGACCUGCUGGACGGCGUGCUGAGCCCCGAGCUGCUGCCUGGCUCCCUCCUCAUGCUGGACUCCAGCGUCGACAAUUCCAGCUGCAGCGCAGGCCGAUGGGACGACGCCUACGCCACCAUGGAUUUUCACAGGAAGAAGAUGAACGAGUACCUGUGCCGGAGCUACUUGGCGGAGCGUAUACUGGAUGAAGUGGAGAGGCCGCCUCCCGCCCCUGAACUGCCCUCUACACCAUUCCCGUCUCCGCCUCCCGCCUCCCAGCUGCCUGCUACACCGCUCCCGUCGCCGUCCUCCGUCCCCCAGCAGCCUGUUACGUCGCUGAUGUCUGCAGCCCUCGCCCCAGCUCCAGAGAAGAGGUCUGGAGAGCCUGCACCAGCAAAGCCAGGGGCAGCAAAGGACACAGAGCGGAGGCGGCAGGACCUGCUCCAUGACGAGGGUUCCAGCGCCUACAAGCAGUGGCUCUCCAGAACAACGACGCUGGAGGACGUGUACCGGCACUACGGCGAGGACUCCGGGGGCGGCGGACAGGACCUGGAGGCGCAGGGGGACGCCCCGCUGGGCGGCGGAACCCAGGGGUACGACGGUGACGUCACAGGGUACGCCGUCGUGGGCGGCAAGAUGGGCGGCGCCUCGGGGUACGGCUCCAGCGGCUCCGGAUACAGUGGCGGCCCCAGCUACCACCCCACGGGCUACGGGACUGCGGGUGGGGCCGGCGGUAUGGAGAAGGCCAUGGCCAUCAAGGACCUGUUCGAGAUGGCGCUGACCGCCAUCGCCUUCCUGUCCUUCGGCAUGUUCGUGCUCAACCUCAUCAUGACCUGUUUCAUGGCGCAGCCGGCUGCUGGCGUAGGCGGCGCGGGCGGCGGCAGUAGUGGAACGGUGGCGGUCAGCCUCCCGCCCGGCUUCGACCUGGGCAGCCUGGGCUUCGGGGGCGGGCUUCCCGGGGGUGGCGUCGGGGGCGUCGGGGGCGGCGGGGGCGGCGGUACUGGCGGCGUCGGGGGCGGCGUCGGCACUGGAGGAGUCGGGGGCGGCUUACCGCGCCCCGGGGUCGGGCGGAGGCGGCGGGGGGCGGCGCCGCCCCUGGCGUGGGAGCUGAACGAGAUGUCUGCGCGCGCGCUCGCCUCCGUGGACGCGCUGCUGCUGCUGCGGCCUCCCGGGCGCCGCGGCGCCACCGACGCCGACGUCGACGCCGCCGCCUGCGUGCGGAGCAGCCUCUGCCGCGCCGCGGCGCUGUCUCGCCGCCUCCGGCCGGCGCUUAGGGUGUGGAUGCCGCUCUGGAGUGUGGGGGCGGUGUGGCUGGCGUCCCGGCGCGCUGACCCGUCCCGCCCCCGGGCGUCGCUGCUGCCCUUCCUGGAGGCGGCUAUACUGGGGCUGGGGGGCGGCGACUGCGGCCGUCUGUACGCCUCCUGCCCCCCGGGGGCGGUGGCCGCAGCCUCGGCAGGCGCGCGCAGACGUCGACGCCGCGGGGACACCGGCUAG